CUGGUCAGCCGAGGGCACGUUCUGCUCGGCCUGCUCGGGCUGCUCGGCCACGCGUCCGCUUCCUUCGAACGGGAGCGAUCGUCGCCACAUCAAUCUACUUUCGAAACGCUCGUGAUCGUGAAAUUCGGCUAUGAUUACCAUAACUGGAUGUCCCGUUAUGAGCGUAGGGAAUUACCGGGUGGUAUGUCAGUCGGAGUCGGCUCGGGCACACGAGGCGCGGCUCGCCGGACCGGGCAGGCCUCGCUUAAUGCCUCCGCUGUGACUAACGGACGCGAAUAA